AACGAAAAAGAAAACUUAUGAAAUUGGCCUUGUGUUAGCAUUUGCCUAGUGGUUUGCAUUUUAAGGAGGAGGGAAUUGGAAAUGUCUUCUAAAUUUGAAUUAGAUCAAUUCGCGAUCCAGCCAACAGCACAGCAAUUGGACAUUUGCCGCAAAGAUAAUUUGUUCGCUAUUGCAGAUUUGUAUCGGAUUCAGGUGGCUCGUGGUGCUAGGAAAGCAGAAAUAAAAGGAGUGAUCCAUGAGCAUUUGAUUGAGCAGGGGGUUUUACCUGGGGAACGCGAAGCAGGUGUUGCACCUGAAAUGUCGGCUUCCAUGGAUGAGGGGGAGGAGCAACCCAAACCCACGGAGAUGGCUAGCAUAGAUCCUGCUACUCUUCCGUCUCCUAGUAAUCCCUUGCUGGCAAUCAGAUUGAAAGAGCUUGACUUAGAGCUGAGCAGACAGCAGUACCAGAGUCAACUGUUGCAGGUGCGGACGGUUGAACUGGAAACCCAACGAGCAAUCAGGCUCAAGGAGCUGGACCUGGAGCUAAAAUCCCAACAACCAGCUCACUUCCCCGCUGCUGAGGCGCCCAGCGUGAAUGUGCCAGUUUCAGCUCCCGUCAAUGCUUCCACUCCGAGUCCCAUUCCUGCACCACGAUCGCCUUUCCAAAUGGGUGUUCCUCCAGAUAAUUCACUGGACGUUGCGAUUGGUUCAUCUCAUCAACCAACCAGAAUAAAAGGACCACCCCAAACUCCUUUCAGAGGCCUUUUGUGCCACCGCGUGCGUCUUUGUAUUGUGUUCCUGUUUUGCAAUUCGACCUUUGUAUAUUUGAAUAUAUUACCAGAGAGAACUGUCUAGUCCUGUUGUUGAUAUGACCUAAGCCUGUUUUGACUACGAGUGUGGAUUUUGUUUUGGAUUGGUUAGCCGUUUGUAAAUAUUAUUGUAAAUAGUACGUUUCAUUGUAUUAAGGGUUGUAGGAGGUUUGACGCCAUUUCUUUUGUUGUAUAUAUUUUGCACUCUGUUUUUUUGGUUAGGAAGUUAGGUAAGGAUUAUGUAUUUUAUUUUAUUUUAUUUUUAGGAAUUUAGUUCAU